ACCACAUCGUAGGAUUAAUCUUUCUGGAAAUAUUCAAUAUUCCCUUCUUUCUUCUGUGUGGAACCCCAAAGCUUCAUUCUUCGCUUUCUCUUUUCUCACCACCGUUUCUCUGCAAUUUGCUUUCCUUGGGGGUUUCUCAGUGACAAAAAAAGAAAAUUUGUUUGACCAAAAUACCCUUCUACAAAUGUUAAAACGCAGAUUGAAUUCCUCAUAUUUGGGUCUAUCUUUAAAAGUCUAAAGACUAUGCGAAGGAAGGUUCUGCAAGCUUAAGGUUUUCCCCCUCCUUCCAUCUCUUUGAUUGGACCUCGAGCUAGCACCUUAAGUACAUUUUCUGCUAUUGGAUCAUCCAACAGGUUUAGAGUUAUAAUUGGAGCAUCCAAUUGUCACAUUUCUCGAUGAGAAACCAUAAUCUGGAUUUUAAUUGAGAAUUGGGAGCGGUACCCACUCUGCUGAGUUUCCUGGGAAUUGCUGCCUGUGCAGCCUGGCUAGAAUGUCUUAAGGACAUGUGAUCAUUGUUUCUUUUUCUCUUAUUGAGUGGAGACAAUGAUUCUAACAAAGCAAUAUCGUUGCAUACACUCGUCUAGUUGUCAAUGCACAAAAGGUCAUCUAAGUGAAGAUGUGAUAUUCCUAGUGUUUCAACAUCUGAACUGGAACCCUAAGUUGAUUGCUACUCUUUCAUGCAUAUGCAAGUGGUUUGAUGAUCUUGCCAAGAGAGUACUGUGGAAGGAGUUCUGCAAAACAAGGGCCCCAAAGAUGAUGCUUGAUCUUCAGUCUAGUGGAAGUCACAGCGUUGAUGGGAACUGGAGAGCACUUGGAAAGCUGCUUAUUUAUUGUUCAGGAUGUAGUACUGGUGGCUUGUUCAAUAGCAUUCAAAUCCCUGGCCAUUUUGUUUACAGGACCAGGUUCUCUAGGACCUCAGGCAAAAGCUUCCUUUUACCACAAUGCAGAACAGAUGUUUUGUAUGUAUCUGACCCUUGUGAACAUCUAGACCAAGGGGAUGAGGGUGAUGUGGGAUUUUUCCGAGGAAUUUUCAAGUCAUUCUUGGUUUCAAAGGUUCGGAAAAUGUUGAUUGACAGAGGUGCCCAGUUUCAUCCAACGGCAGUGUGUCCUUAUUGUAAGGCAAAAUUGUGGAACAUGCUGCAAGCAAAUAUGGUACCACAGAGUGCAAGCUGUAGGUUGGGUGCUUAUGAGGAUUGCAUCGAGUAUUAUGUGUGCCUAAACGGACAUAUGCUUGGCAUCUGCACCCUUUUACCCUUGUCUGAUUCUGAAGAGGCAUCUGAAUCUGAAUGAUAGUUGGAAUGCAAGCCAGUUUGCUUAUCAUCUCAUGUGUGGAUUGAUCUCCUGGUGGAUCAAAAUAGAUAGAAUGGAGACUAGAUGGGCUGUACCAACUUGCUCAGGACCUGAAAUCUACCAUCAUAACUUGGCCUUUAUUCUCUGAUGUUUUGCUGCUUUGUCUAGCCCCUAGCCUGCCAAUUGUUUUCUAAAAGGGUUAGAAGCUAUUGCUAACCAUUUGCUUGUCAAUUGCCCGUUGGUUAACAGUGGUCAUUGUGAACAUGUAUACCGUGCACUUUGUACAUUAAUGUAUGCCUAUAUGUGUUUGAAUAGCUGAUUGGUAUCUUCAAUAAUUCUUGAAGUUGUUGGUUAAAGUACUUCAUUCCCUUCUCUGUUUACUUGCUUUCUCCCCAAAAUUUCAUCCUGAUGUGGAAGGUUGUCUUGUGUAGACCUUGGGAAUGGAUCAUAUUUCGUCUGUAUCAAGAAGGGGAAGGAAGAAAGAACUAUAAUUAUUGUGUAGCCUUAACCAGAGACACAAAGAACUUGAGUAGUCUUCCAUCCAUUGUAAAUGCCAAUUUGGAUCUUCAACUAUUGCUUUCA